UUCUCUAACCGUCUCUCUUAAAUUACCCUUAUCUUUUCUGUUACAGUUUACUUCCGCUUUAACCGUAAUUUUCAACAUUUUUUCUUUAAAAUUUUUUCUUGAAAAUUCCAUUUUUCCAAAAAAAAAUUUUCUUUCACACGCAAUGGAUGGUUUAUUAUUAGCUUCUAUAACGUUUCUUUGUACCGUUUUUGCAAUAAUAAUUGGUUUUGUUCUCAAAUUAUGGUUUGAUGAACGAAAUUCAAAAAUUGCUGUUGAUGAAAUGCUUAGAAGGAAUGAAUCUUCGAAAAACAAAACAAAAGCCAAAACCCCCUCACCAACUUCUUCACCUUCCACUUCACGAAAAAAUGAUAUUAGAGAAGAAGAUGAAGAAAGGAAAGAAAAUUUUGAUGAUGAAGACACAUUACCAAAGAGAAGUAAACACAGCAGAAGUCCUGUGAAUGAUGAUGAAGAUGCCGGUCCUUUUUUGGAUGAGACUACCUCAGAAAAGAAGAUUGGCAAAAAGAAAAUGGCCAAAUUGCAAGCUAAAGCGGAAGCAAAAGUUUUGCGGGAACAACAAUUAGAAGAACGUGAAGCAAAAAAACGAAGGGAGGAAGAAAUUGAACAACUUAAAGAAGAGAAAAGAUUGAAGGAGGAAGAAGAGGAGAGGGAAAGGAAUGAAAAAUUGAAGAAAGAAAAGGAAGAAAAAGAAAAACAAGAAAGGGAGGAUUAUUUGAAGUUUAAAGAAUCAUUUAAUAUAAGUGAACAAGGCUUUGAUAAUGAAAAUAAUGAGGAAGAUGAUCCAACUGAAUUUACUACAAAAUUGCUUGAAUAUUUGAGAAAAAGAAAGGUUGUACAUGUUGACCAAGUCUCAUCAAAUUUCCAUUUAAGACCAGAUGUUACUAUUGAAAGAAUAAAUUCAUUAUUAGAAGAAAAAUUAAUUACUGGUGUUUUUGAUGAUAGAGGUCUUUUUAUAUUUAUCAGCCCAGAGGAAUUAAACAAUGUUGCCAAAUUUAUUACCCAAAGAGGAAGAGUAGCCCUUUCUGAAAUUGCAGAGAACAGCUCAAAAUUAAUUUCUUUUGCUACGCCUUCAGAUUAAAAAAUAUACCUAUUUUUGUUUUUAAAGAUUCGGAUAGAUCAUUCACCAGGAAUGGGCCAUGGUUAAAAAAAUUUUUUAAUCAAAAAUUUUUUAAUUUCGGUUAAAAAAUUUUUUACCCGGAAUCAGAGAUCCUUACUUUUUUCCGAGCCGAAAAAUCCCGACUAUUCUCAAUCCGAUCCAUCCCUGU